AUGGAUGUUCACAGAACAUCUCUUGCAAUUAGUGUUCUAAAAUUAACAGACGAAGUGCCCAUUGAUCUCAGAUGUAUUAAGCUCUCAUUAAAUUACAUUUACACAACAUCUUCCAAUCCAAAUAAUUCCUCCUAUCACUUCAUAUUUCCUUCAAUAUACAAAGUUCUCUUCGAUAAAAGACCUAAGCUAUUAAAAAAAUCGACACAAAUCCGAUCUGUUGUGCUGCAUGCCAUACCUGCUAAAAAGAAAGGUGUAGAGUUCUUGAAAAAUCUGAUAAGCAAACCAAAACUAAACUUGGAACUUAAAAAUUUUUCAAAAACAAAAGAUAAAAGAUUGUGUUCAUUGCAAUUAAUUGUGUUCUUAAGACAUGAAACAAAGCCAUUGCGUAAUGAAAUGCUUCUGUAUAUAAUGUUAACAAGAAAAACAGACUUAAGUAGAAUUAGAACUUCUUCUUGUUGGGUCUUCGACUUGGGAUAUGCCAGAAUAGGCACUGAUUAUUCGAAGCUGCCUAACUGGUGA